UGCGCGGCGCAACUCGACACAUUUUUAUCUCUCCUGCCCCGCGGCAGAAUCUUGCAAUUGAUCACGCUUUAAUGUUUGAGAGGCAAGUCAUGUUCCUCAGAAGAUAUAGAUGGCCUAUUUUUCUUAUCGUGGCUUUGGCCUUUCUUGCAACAAUAGCUCCGCUUUCUGCUCGUUUCGCACCAUCUCGGAGUCCGACCUUUCCCAUAAAUGAUCAUCAAUAUUCCGAUCCAUCGAAAACACCCUCGACUGGCCCUAUUCGAGGCUCUCAUGCCUGCCCCACGACGCCGCCAACUCCAGCGCUCAACCCAGACACCCAAGGCCGGUUCGACUGGAGAACAAUCCCGAGACACUACUCCGUCGAACAGUACUCUCAAUUGCCUUUGGGCCAGCCGUCACCCAGGCCUUCUGUUCAACAUACUUUUGGGACAGAGUCGAUGGAGGCUAGGAAUGAAACUGUCUUGCGUAAAGAAGCCGUGCGAGAUGUUUUCCAGCGAUGCUGGAAGUCUUACAAAGAUCGAGCAUGGACAAAAGACGAGCUUGCUCCUAUCUCUGGCGGAGCUAGAGACACCUUUGGAAGUUGGGGAGCUACCCUAGUCGACAGCUUGGACACACUUUGGAUCAUGGAGAUGAAGCAGGAAUUUGCAGUAGCCGUUGAUGCUGCUGUCCAAAUCGAUUUCGGACCGAAGAUAGAUGGCGAGAUCAACGUGUUUGAAACAAUUAUACGUUACCUUGGAGGCUUUCUAGGUGCUUAUGAUGUAUCCGGUUGUCACGACGCGCGACUCCUGAACAAGGCUAUCGAGGUCGCAGACAUGGCAUAUGCCUCAUUCGACACACCAAACAGGAUGCCAGUCUCAAGAUGGAGCCCCAAAACAGCUGUGAACGGGGAGGAACAACUACCAGCAGAAUCAGUGCUAAUCGCUGAAGCAGCCUCUGCCAGCGUGGAGUUCACACGCUUAUCACAACUCACCGGAGACAUGCGUUAUUUCGACGCCAUCUCAAGAGUGACAGAUGUGCUUGAUAAGCAACAAGGAUUGACCAAGCUUCCAGGCAUGUGGCCUAUCAGUGUGAACAUGCGAAAGCCAGACUUGACUUUUGAUGGUUUCUUUGGCCUUGGAGCGAUGGCGGACUCCGUGUACGAAUAUCUUCCGAAGAUGCAUCAACUACUCAACGGAAUCGGUCCUGUAGCAGCGCAGUAUCACAAGAUGUACGAGUAUGCCAUGUCUACUGCGAUAACCCAUACGCUGUUCCGCCCCAUGGUGCACGACAAAGCAGAUAUCUUGAUCGCCGGUGGUAGCGUAAAUGGAGAGAGGAAUGCCAAGGGUCAGCACCUUGUGUGCUUUGCUGGCGGCAUGUUCGCUCUUGGUGGCCGGCUUUUCGAGAACAGUACUCAUAUCGAUAUUGGCCGUAAGAUAUCCGAAGGCUGCGCCUGGACAUACAAGAAUGCGCCAAAUGGUAUCAUGCCAGAAGUCUUCUCCAUGACCCCGUGUCCUACGUUGUCGGCAUGCGAUUAUACCCCCCAACCUGGCUCAAGUCCAUUCACCGACGUUGGUGACGGGCGGUACGUUCUCAGACCGGAGGCGAUUGAGUCGAUAUUCUACAUGUACCGUAUCACGGGCGAGUCAAAGUACCAAGAUAUUGCGUGGGAGAUGUUCCAGGCGAUUAGCACCCAUACUCGAACGGAAUUUGCCAACGCUGCGAUUGGAGACGUCAUGAAGACGCCAGUGGAGAAGUAUGACAGUAUGGAAAGCUUCUGGCUGUCCGAAACACUCAAGUACUUCUACCUUAUCUUCAGCGACCCUGACGAAAUAAGUCUGGACACUUUUGUUUUCAAUACCGAAGCGCACCCAUUCAGCAUACCGUAACGAUAGUUUUGUGCUGUUCUCAAGACUAUGUAUCCACGUACAAAGGGACACCAAAGAAAGAAAUUGGUUUGCAGCUGCAGAACUCGACAGACGGCAGAUAGGAUAUGUGAACUAACUUCGGCGUCUCAUGGGCGUAUGUGAAAGAAUAGGCUGCUGUGUCUACUAUCCAUCGAAUCUUAGGAACAAGGUCAGGGCGAGCAUAAAAUAUAUAAUCCUGGUCAUAUUUUAUCUCUGUGGUAACAGCAUCUACAUUGACGCUCUUUGGCAUGUGUCAACACCCAGUCAACCCUUCAGUGUCCUGGUGCAUGAAGAUCGGUUGCGACUGGGUUCUUGCAGUGUUGGAGACUACAAAGAAGUAAGCGCAAUUAUCAAUGGUCAGCCAAUGGUCAGUUGAUUCCACUCGUGUAUAC